AUGUCUUCCAUACAGCAACGCAAGAAUGAGAUCUUGGCCAAAAAGGCUAAGCUGGCGGAGCUGAAGAAGCAACGCGAGCUUCGACAAAAAGAAUUCACAAAUACUCGGAACAGUGUUGGAGAUGCUUCAGAGAUCGUUUCUCCAGUCCCCAGUCGCUCUGAUAGUAGAGCCGAGCUUGACGAUUUAAUUUCUCGCCUGGUAGAUCGCCCCGGGUCAGCCACCAUCAGCCAAGCAGCGGAAGGCCAGUCGGGGAAAGGAAGUCGCCCAAAUUCAGUCCUAAGUGCCAGCCAACUGAGUGGAGAGAACGCUGAGACAUAUCCGCCUUCAUCCCGCCCGCAGCUACAGUCCAUUGCUGUACAAACUGUUGGAGAGGCGACCUACAUCUCUUCUGAACCCGAAGCCCCGCCUCCCCCUGAACACAGGCCAGAAGUUGUUACAUAUAGCAAAGCCGUGCAAACAGAUGAUCUGGGUACACAAACCGAAUCCCAGGAUGGCUCUGUAGCUUCGGACAAUGAGGAUCCACCGGAUGCGACACGAUCGAGCAAACGUUUAAGUCGACGAGGCCGAGAGCGGGAUGAGGAGAUCAGACAAAAGAUUCGCAAAGAGAUUGAAGAUGAACUACAAGCGACAGACCAGGAUGCAGAGAAUGCUUCGGCCGCUCAAGCCAAACUACGGUACCCAUUACGCACACUUGACGAUGACGAGUUGAAAGCCGUGACAUCUUCAAAUGACUUCUUGGACUUUGUGGAACGAUCAUCUAAGGUUAUUGAGAGGGCGCUUGAUGAGGAUUAUGAUGUUCUUGCAGAUUAUGAACUUGGCGGUACUCAUGGAGAUCUGGAGGAAGACGAAGAGACCGGCAAAAAGCGAAGAGGCAUUCGGGAAGUUUGCCAAUUCUGGGACGAGCGAUGGAGCAAGAAGCGCACGAUCACUGAUAUUAGCUUUUCUCCAAAGUUCCCAGAAUUGGUGCUUGCAUCUUACACAAAGAACCCCUCAGCCCCCCAUGAACCGGAUGGACUGGUUCAAGUUUGGAACCAACAUUUACAAUCCCGCCCAGAAUACGUUUUCCACGCGACGUCUGACAUUCUUACCGCCAAAUUCUCUCCCUUUCAUCCUAACUUGAUCGUCGGUGGCUCGUAUUCAGGACAGGUGCUCUUAUGGGAUACUCGUUCCUCGCGCAUGGGCGGAGGUGCUCCUGUGCAGAAAACACCAUUGACCGGAUCUGGACACACCCAUCCUGUCUACAGCAUUUCGAUUGUUGGAACUCAGAACGCUCAUAACAUCUUGACUGCCUCUACAGAUGGAGUGGUCUGUGGAUGGACCGUAGAUAUGCUCUCUCAGCCUCAGGAGUACCUGGAGCUGACUACUCCCCCUCCCUCCAAGACUGAAGAUCUUGCACCCACUACCAUGUCCUUCCCGCAAUCAGACCCAACUUUCUUCAUCGUUGGUACUGAGGAAGGUGGCAUCUAUCCUUGCCAUCGAUAUGAUCGAGCUGGUGCUAAGGCUGGCACCGAUCACCGUCUCGCCUACCGUGGCCACGCAGCACCAAUUAUGUCUACGGCAUUCCACCCAGCCCGAGGCCCCGUUGACUUGGGUGACCUCAUGCUUAGCUCUAGCCUGGACUGGAGCGUUAAGCUUUGGCGUGUGCGACCCCCUGCCACAACUGCUUCCGUCACCUCUACAGUGGCUUCUGCUCAAGUUGUUUCCCCUAUCUUGGACAUAAACAGAGAGGAUGUGGUCUACGAUGCACGCUGGUCCCCGCACAGGCCAGGUGUAUUCUCCCUUGUCGAUGGUGCUGGCAACCUCGAAGUUUGGGAUCUCUAUGCAGAUACUGAGGUUCCCGUUGUCAAGACAACUCCCUCGCGUGGUCCCGGUGCUGUUAUAUCUCGCAGUCUGAACAAGGUUGCAUGGGAGGAACGUGAAGGCAGACGUCUGGCCACUGGUGGACUUAACGGAGUCGUGACCGUUUUUGAGGUAGGCAAGGGUCUCGGUGGCCCCGCGGAGGAGGUACCUUCAGAUGAGUGGACGGGAAUGAAGCGACUGGUUGGAAAAUUGGAACAGAAAGAUCGGGUAGCUUAA